AUGACCCGUGUCUUCUUUCAUGAGCUGUGUCUUCUUUCAGGUGUUUUCUUUCAUGAGCUCUGUCUUCUUUCAGGUGUCUUCUUUCAUGAGAUGUGUCUUCUUUCAGGUGUUUUCUUUCAUGAGAUGCGUCUUCUUUCAGGUGUCAUCUUUCAGGUGUCUUCUUUCAUGACCCGCGUCUUCUUUCAUGAGCUGUGUCUUCUUUCAGGUGUUUUCUUUCAUGAGAUGCGUCUUCUUUCAGGUGUCAUCUUUCAGGUGUCUUCUUUCAUGACCCGUGUCUUCUUUCAUGAGCUGUGUCUUCUUUCAGGUGUUUUCUUUCAUGAGAUGCGUCUUCUUUCAGGUGUCAUCUUUCAGGUGUCUUCUUUCAUGACCCGCGUCUUCUUUCAUGAGCUGUGUCUUCUUUCAGGUGUUUUUUCUUUCAUGAGAUGCGUCUUCUUUCAGGUGUCAUCUUUUUCAGGUGUCUUCUUUCAUGACCCGCGUCUUCAUUCAUGUGUCUUCUUUCAGGUGUUUUUCUUUCAUGAGCUCUGUCUUCUUUCAGGUGUCUUCUUUCAUGACCCGUGUCUUCUUUCAUGA